AUGGGAUCUGAGGUGACUGACGAGUGCAAGGUGAGAACUGUGAUUUUUGCCACUGAUGGAAGGGAUCCUGUCAAGCAAAGUGUACAAGUGGUGACGACCUCACCAACACCAACAGUAACGAACUCACCAACACCAACAGUGACGACCUCACCAACACCAACAGUGACGAUCUCACCAACACCAACAGUGUCGAUCUCACCAACACCAACAGUGACGAUCUCACCAACACCAACAGAAAAUACCACAGCAGUAAUGACAGCGGUGACCACAAAACCCACAGCACAAAGCUGUUCAUCGAUUGAUUGUGGAGAAAACGCAAUUUGCAGACCCUUGCAUUCUGGCCCUAAAUGUGAAUGUGCCUUUAACUUUUACAGAGAAAAUGGGACCUAUGGGACCUGUGUGACAGGCAAAACUUAUGGUGGAGAAGUAAAACUCAAAGAAGAAUUUCAGGAAGAGAUGAAGGAUGUAACAUCGAAGAUAUAUCAAGAUCUUCUCCACCGUGUAACUGAAGUAUUUAAGAAGUCAUUGAAGAAAUUUGGCUACAAAUCAACUAUAAUAUAUGACGUAAGGAAAGGGAGUGUCAUCAUAGAUGUUACAAACACAUUUGAACAAAAUAGCAGCGUAAGUGAAUCAGACAUUGAAAACGCCAUACCAAAGGACUUCACAUAUUCAACUGUUCAAGGAUGCAACUUAGAUAACUGUGAUGAUAAAACUACUGUUGGCUGUGCCCAACCGCAGUAUGGUCUGUCUAAGUGUAUCUGCAAAGAAGAAUUUUAUAAGACCUCCCGGAAAGACACAAAAUGCAUUGAAACGUGUGAACUAAUGUGCAAAGGAAAGAAUCAACACUGUGUUCCACGAAAUGGAAUUCUUGUUUGUGAAUGCCAGCCUGGAUAUAAAGAUAACAAUGGCAUCUGUGAAAGAUGCCCUUUUGGUUACAAUGGAAUAAACUGUGAGGAUGGAUAUCAAGCUGCUAUUGUAGCGACAGGAGUUGUAUGUGGAGUUGUGAUUCUAAUUCUGGCAAUUGUGCUUAUCACUCUUUGUGUGAGACUAAAGCGAAGUGAACCUGAUGAACAAGAACAACCAAUAUUGGGCUCCAUGUCAAGAGGAAGUCUUGACAGAUCUGAAUUUCCAAGCAAGAUUCCUAGAGUAAAUCUGGGAGGACCUACAAACAGAGGAUCAUUAAAUUAUUUGCAAAGUGAUCCUAAUCAGUAUGACUAUUCUCGUCCGUCACCGUGGAAUGAGCUGAGUGAGCUCCAUCAAAAGGACAGCAACCCAAACAGAAAGUACGUUUAUCACAACUGAUGACUCAAAUGAAAUGACUCAAUAAUCUGGAGAGAUAUUAGAAAACUGUAACUGAUCAGUUAGCAUCUGCAAAUAAAAAUGUAGAUAGUAUUUCAUGAUUUUUCCAUCACUACUCUGUGAAAUCUCUAAUCACAAUGUCACCUUCCUUAAUUCACACAAAUGUUAGCUGACCAGUAUGUGAAAGAUAAGUUUUCAGAAGGCACACUGAUUGUAAUGGUUUUAUAAUGAACUAUAGACAUUUUUGUACUUUAAGUCAAUAACGAAAUUAAUAUACUAAUCAUUUUCAUUACCAAUUUUUUAGUUCAAUUUUAGCUUUGAUUGUUUCCAACAUAUUAAUGUUAUUUAUUUCAUGAAAGAUUAUAAUAGUUAGAUGUGGGGGGAAAUGUUGUUUUCUUUGACAGAUUGGUUUGAUGAUUAAAACAGUUCAGACAAUUUUACUGAACUGUUAGUUUCUAGCAGAUGAAAUUCCAUGAAAUUCUUAACUGCUGUUAAAAUUCUACCUUUCUAAAGCUAUUCUCACUUUAAUUAAUUUUCCAAGAGCGGUUGAAGAAAGGUUAGUGCAAAAUGUCCAGGAACAGCAUACUUUUCUCUGCUACAAUAAUAUGUUGCUCAUGAAACUCGUGUGUUUAUAAAUGAUCAUUUAAAAAAUAAAAUCACUACGGAAGAUUAUGGCAUGGAUAUAUGAUUUUCAGAAG